UCCGCUCGGGAUGUCAUUCGAGCUUCUGGUCUGAGGUUCAGCAACCGCUCAGCAUGGCAUCGACCACGGCGCAGCCCAUGGGAAACCUCCCCAGCGGGUUGGGAAUCUGCACCACGCUGCCUGACAUCUUCUACCUGCCGGAGCUUGUUUUCGGAGGCCUGGUGUGGAUCCUGGUCGCCUCGACGCACGUCAGUCCGCCCAACCCUCUGGGAUGGGUGAUGUUCGUGUCCGUCUUCUGCUUCGUUCUCACCUUCCUGUGGCUCGUGUUGUUUGCGUGCGGAGCGCACCAGAACAGCAGCGCCUGGGCGGCGGCGGAUUUCGUUUACCACUUUGUGGCGGUUGUCUUUUACCUCAGUGCCUCCGUUAUUCUGGCCUUUAUAACUCUACUCAGGAAGGAUCUCGAUCCGUUCAAGUACUACCAGAUCGACAUUGCUGCAGUGGUGUUCUCCUACGUGGCCACUCUCUUCUACUUCAUCCACACCAUUCUGUCCGUAGUCCGGUGGAAGAGCUUCUGAACUUUGCGAGCAGUUCCGCCUGAAAGGCGCCCCGAGCAACGACUCGCCCCCACCCCGAGAUCCCACUUCUGACACCAGUUUAUGGGUUGGUGCUUCAGCAAAAACCCUGAUGUGAUUCCAGCCCCUCCAACGAAUAAAGUGAAUAAAUAAUGUGUGUGUGUAUAUAUAUAUGCAGUAUAUAUUUCUAAUUAGAGGUCAGUGUAUGUAUAAAGACAACACAAAUGUCUGUUUAGAAAGCUACUAUGACUGAGCCCCGCCCCCCCAUUUUUCCUGUUUAUUAGCAAGGAAUAAAAAAUUUUCCCAAAUUAAUUUUUAUUUCUUUCUGAAAAUUCGAUAAAGGAUUCCAACACCGAAACGACCGCUUUUGAAGCCACGAAACAGGAAACGUGCAAAAAACAUUGAAUCUGUGUUUCAUGCAUGUGUUUCUUCUCAACAGGAUACAUUUUAAAUACUCGCAAGUUCUGA